CCAGUAGACCGGGCCAUCUUUGGCGGGUAAAGUAGAACCACAUAGCAGAAACGAAAAGUCUCACUUUCUUGUUCGUGGUCUUUCUCGUUUUCUUUCUUCUUCCAGACACCUUCCGUUGCAUCCUUCUUUGUUCUUGUUCCUUAUGUUCUUCGGGGUAUAAUGAGUUCUAAGAGCCUUGAGCCUAGCUAAUAAUCUCUUUGGCCGGACUAAAGAGCAUAUUAAUUAGCCUUCUCUUCUCUACAGUCAGCUUCAUUAUUCUUCUUCAUCAGGACUCAAUAUGGGGAAGCAUAUGAAAAGCGAAAGUUCGAGUCCAAGACAUGGAUAUAAUCACAAACCAGGCUGGUUAGCUGGAAUGCUUCAUGUGUUUGACUUUCACCGUUGGAGAACUAAGAACCGUCCAAUCUGUUGGAAGACUCCACGAACCCAUUCCCUUGUGUACGAAGCUAAUGAACAAGAACCCUUUCUUGUCUCAAAGAUUGAUAGUGCAGAAAAGCCAACGAGACAACUGAAGAAGAUGAUGACAACAAAGCAAGUAACCGAGUAUGUUGAUUUUCUUGAAAUCCUGAGGAAGGAAGAUGUUUCUGUCAAGAUACUGAAAGAUCCAAACUCGGAGUUCAGGAAGCAGGUGCAUAUCAAGUCUAGUCCAAGAGUCUUGCCCAAGUCAGGCUCCUUUCCUCUCUCUCGCUUGUCAAGUCCCGCUAGGAUUGAGCACAAGCUGAAGGAGAAUUGGUAUGCUCCAAAGCAGAAGGAUACCGUCUUAACUUUAACUGUUCCAAGCGAGAGUUCUCAAGGAAACAAACCAAUCUCACCUUCUCAUCAUGGCGCAGCUGAUGAUCAUGGAUUCAACCAUGCGGUGAUAAAUGGAUUCAGAGAAAUCAAGAAGAUGCUCAAGAACGUUCUUAGAGACCGAAAGCAAACCAAGAAGAGUAAGAAGCAUACGUCAGGCUCAAAAGAUGGAUAUUAUCAUCUCCUGGAACAGAGUUUUGGAAGAAAAGGUGGUGACUUGCGUUCCAAGAGCCUAAAACUUUCAUAUGAAGAGAAAAAGAGCCAACUGAGAGAUGAUAAUAAACCACAAUUCUUCAGAAGGGUUUCUUCAUUGUCCAGCCUUGAAGUUCUUGGUUCAUUUCUGACAGAACCGCCCCGAGACAGUUCAACCAGGAAAUCUGUAGAUUCUAACUUGGGAACCAAGGAAUCUUUGUUGUUAUCCGAAUCUCCAGUAAUAACAGAGAAUGAAUUAGAAAAAGACAAGGAGCAAGAGGAGAGAAACCAAGAAAAUCAAGUAGACUGUCUAAGCCAAAGUAUCCUUCAACAAGAACAAGAUUCAGUUCCAAGUUCUUUGGACAACACUGCACAAAGAACAGAGAGUUUACUCUCACAAGGUUUAGGUCUAAGUUCCCUCGAGAUUGACAAUCAUGAAGAAGAAGAUGAAGAUGCCUACUUCUGUUACGUAAAGAAUGUUCUAAAACUUUCAGGCUUCCUUGAAAACGUUUACGACGGAGAAAAAUGGCACUCAGAGGAACAACCACUGGAUCCAUCACUGCUCUACCAAGUAGACAUGCAAGAAGAAAAAGAAGUGAACAAAGAGAUUCUCUUUGAUCUUGUUAAUGAAGCUAUCAUUGAGACUCACAACCAAUCACACAUCUAUUUCCCCAAAACAUUCUCUUUUGCAUAUCCAAAUGAGAAACGUUUUCUUGAUGAGGUCUGGGGAAGAGUAGAGUGGAGCCUUUCGGGGAUAGGAGCUGAGAAUAGAGAUUGCUCAUUGGAUGAUAUUGUGGGAAGAGAUCUUACAAAAGGUGAUGGAUGGAUGAAUCUUAGAGGUGAUACUGAAUGGUUGACUCUUGAGCUAGAAGAUCUGAUUUUUGAUGAGGUUUUAGAUGAAAUGAUUUGUGUUUAUUAGUAGUUUACAUAUGUUUUAAUAAUAUUAAUACUCAGUAGUUAUACAUACAUGUAUAUAUAUGGUUGAGUGAAACAAAUUCAAGAUUUCAUACACUUUGUAAUAUAUUA